AUGUUGAAGAGAUCAGCAAAUUUAACUAAAUGCGUGACGACGAAGCGUUUGAAGGAUAUAUAUAUUAUAGGUCAAGUGGGACUAGUAUGUGAUGAACAAUAUUUGCUGACUUCUAAACCUACUUCUGCAGACACGGCUUCAGAGAAUACAACACAAGUCCGCUUUCCUGAAGUAUGGCGAGAGAGAGCGAGUGUUGCUACUGAGCUGAACUCAACCCCUGAAGCCAGGAGCUUAACUUCUCUU